UGAUCUGAAUCUUGGAAUUUGCAAAUUAUAAUGGCUCCCAUGACUUAUCUUUUUCUCGUUUGUUCCUUGAUUUUCGCAGUUUCUGGGGCAGACGAAAAUUGCAGCCUUACUGAGGAAUUGAUCAAACUGGGGAAGGAUGCCUUUAAGAUGUUUUUUCCAGACCAACCGUUCCUAACGUGCCUCCUGGAUGGACCGUGUGAUCCAGAAAAAUUCAAGUUCCCCGAGGCCAAAGCGUGUAAAGCUGCUGUUCGUGAUGGUCCCCUUUUAAAGGACUUAAACAUAACAGCGUCGGAUAGGUUUCUGGAAAAUUUUCUAUAUUCCGGUGGAGUUGACGCGGAGGAGAUCUGUUUGAAUCUCAGAACUGAAGGGGAUAAACUACUCGCAAUGAUUAAAAAGAAUCAAGAUGAAGGAGCAGGGUCUUUGAUAUCCAAACUAUGUUUAAAAGACCCAACGAGUUGCCAAAACAUGGAGCAGAUACCGAAAGAAGUCGAAGAUUUUAUUUUGAAAAAUGUGGGUGCACCGUUCAGGGAUUUGAUUAAAAUUGUCAAGAAUAUCGCUAAGAGCAAAUCGGUGCCCUUUGCAACAGCGAUGGGUCAAGUAAUCGAAUCAUUCUUUGGAGGAGGACAGCUUGGCAAAAAUGUUUCGAAAUGUGUCAAUGAAAUCAUUACAAUUGCUACGAAAACAGGCAAAUCACUUUUAGGCUGACGAGAAAUCGAGCCAUUUUAGCUUUGAAAACUUGGUAAACGACUCGAAUGUUAUAUCGACGUCCAAUUCUUUGUACUUUUAAGUGGUGUUUAUGCUUCACGUCACCGUCACGUCCUCAUCCAAAUCCGAAUUUUUGAUUGGUUAAAAUUUUUAAUUGUCGUAGUGAUAAUUUCACUCAGCCAAUCACAAAAUCGGAUUUGGAGGAGGACGUGACGGUGACGUGAAGCAUAAACGCACCUUUAGUACAACCUGCACUGCAUAACUAGACACAUAUGUAAAAUAAUUAGUAACCAAAUUUGUGAAAUGAUAAAAACUUACAAAGUUCAAGAAACCUGAUAUCUUCCAAAAAUAAAUAAAUAUUUAAUU